CCGACCACACCGUACCCAGCCGCAACCCCAAACCAAAGCAGCCACCAUGUCGGUACCAUCUAUGAGCGGGUUUGCAAUGAUGUCGCCCCACCGUGCCGUCUUGGAGGCCAACCCCGACGACGAUGCCGGGCAGGUCCGCCUCCUGGAGGAGCUCCAGUCACGGGGCCGGGCCGCCGUGGGAGCCAAGUCCUGGAUGGACGCGAAGCUCCUGUACGAGAAGUGCCUGACCAUGACGGGCUGUUCGCUUGUGGACAAGAACAAAGAGGCGAUAUUUCACUCCAACCUGAGCCUGGUGGAGAACAGCAUGGGAGAAUUCGAAAAGGCACGGGUGGCCGCCGAAGCCGCGACCCAGGACGAUCCGAAGUACGUCAAGGGCUGGUGGAGACUGGGCCAGGCCUUGCUUGCCCUGCACCGGCCGGAGGAAGCCCUCGAUGCCUUUUCGAGGGCAAAGGUGCUGGACCCGACYAACAAGGCGCUCACGAAACUCGUCGCAAAGACCAAGAAACAGGUCGAGGAAGAGAAGGCCCUGAUGAUGGAAACCGAGGGGGACAAAGAUUCCGGCAAGGACGCCACCAAAACCACCGUGUCGAUGCCCGCGCCGCCUCCCAAAUCGGUCAAAUCCACGAAACCAGCCGCUGCCAAGAGCAGCAGCAGCAGCAGCGCAGCGAACGCCACCGGUGACGACGACGACGACGAUUCCAAGCUGUUCACCAAGUCGGAACCCGUUCGGGGAUACAAGGUCGUCAACGGAAAAAAGACGAGCUACUUCCACAACGAACUGGACGAGAAAUCGAGGGAGCUCAUCGGGGACAUUGCGCCCAAGAAAAUCGAAAACCCGGCGCCAACCCCGGCGGCCGCGAAUGCCAGCAAACAGGGCACAUCGGUAUGGAACACGGGAGGCACCUGGGAAGAACGAAACGUCACGGAGUGGGCAAAGAAGACKCUYUCCGACUUUCUUCUACAAACCACCUACACGCUGCCGCCCAGCUCUCCGGCCCCCGGUGCGGUCGCCAGGGUCGAGAAGGUCGCCAAGCUCGACGGCCACGCCAGCGUCGCCGUCGUUCGUGGCAAGACGCGGUUCAUCUACGAAUUCUGCUGCAAGCUGGAGUGGGAGCUGGACAAGCCCGACGACGAGCUGAGCUGUGCCGGAAGCCUCUCCAUCCCGGACAUCGAUGGGACGAUAGCCCUCGGGGAGGGAUACGAGAUACACGACUUUGGCAUCGAGAGCGUCAGCAACCCCUCGGUCCGGCCCCUGGUGGAUCGGUUCGUGCACCGCGGGGGCUUUCACGAGGCGCUGAACGARCAGAUCGACGACUGGGUGCGCCACUUCAAGGCCGAACACGGACCCAAGGACGCCUAGAAAUCGAGGAGAAGAAASRGAAAGAGCCYAGCGAAGAGAUCGGAGUGCGAUCCACAGAACGCUUGGGCUGUACAGUGCAAUAGUAGGACGGCAAUAGACUAGUAUUGAGCUU